CAAUUCUAAUAAAUAAAUACACAAUAAUGGAAAAAAGAAAGAGAGAUUUUAAAGUAAAUUACUGGUAAUCAAUCAGUCAUGUUCAUAUCAAAUCAGGAAAAUCUCAAGACCUUUACAUCACAGAAUUCCAUGCUUCUGUUUUACUGUAUGUGUUAUGUUUUUGAAGGCAUCUCAGUCUGAAGACUCCCAACUCACCACCUACCACUGAUAACUCCAUCCCUUCUUCUUAUAUCCCCACCACUCACAGAUAUCAGUUUUUUCCAUGUCCCUCUACCAUUUUGCGCAGGUACAUGAUCUUUCUUGUUAUUUUUGGGUUUGGGUUUUUAAGAUGGCUCAGUGCUGGUGCCAGAAAGCUCCAUCUCAUCUUAGAUUCAGACACACAUUUGCCCCACAGAGAAAACCCAUAUAGGAAUUCCAGUUUUAUUGGCUAUAUAUUUUAUUUUUAACUUUUAAUUUUAGUUUUGAGCACUGGGCUCAUUUGGGUUUCUCAAAGAGGCUUUCUUGAUAUAUGUUUCUGGGUUUUUCUUGGUCAGAGAUCUGGAAUUGUGUGUUUAAUUGUUUGUCUUAGGACAAGGAAUGUUGAAGGGGUUUCAAAGAUCUGGCAUUUCAAGGUUGCUCUUUUGAGUUCCAUCACACAGAGGGUUUUUGGUAUCUGAUAGAAUGGCCUCCGAUCUGAAAGCAGAGUUAUCCAAGGAAGCUUUCUUUAAUCUGAAGGUCUGGGAAGUAAUUGGAAUAGCUGUUGCAUUAUUUAUCAUAAUUAUCCUCUCUGUGCUAUCAAUGUGCCUUACUUCACGUAAGAAAUCAAGGAAAGCUAGGGACAAGAUUCCCCUUAGUCAAAUCCCAACUGUCUCAAAAGAAAUUAAGGAAGUUCGAGUGGAGCAAGUAUCUGCAAGUGAAUUUGCUCCUCGUGAUGGAAUUCUUCUCACCAUUCAAGACAAAUCCAGUGACAAAGAAUCAGAUAAGGUCAUGCUCCAUUUGGGUAUGGGCAAAUCGAAGAAUGGAGAGAAUAGCAGCCAGUCAGGUUCAUUUAAUCAAUUAGAAAACGACGGUGGCCUGUACCAAUCUGGAGAAGAAGGGAGUUCCAGCACAGUUACAGUGUAUAAGGCUUCUUCAUCGUAUCCAAUAACUGCCCCGUCUCCUCUAGUUGGCCUGCCUGAAUUCUCUCACUUGGGUUGGGGCCACUGGUUUACAUUGAGGGACCUUGAGCUUGCAACAAACCGGUUUUCAAAGGAAAAUGUCCUUGGUGAGGGCGGAUAUGGAGUUGUUUACAGGGGAAAUCUCAUCAAUGGGACUCCAGUGGCAGUUAAAAAGAUCCUAAACAACCUAGGCCAAGCAGAGAAAGAGUUUAGGGUGGAAGUUGAAGCAAUUGGCCAUGUGCGGCACAAGAAUUUGGUUCGUCUACUGGGAUACUGCGUCGAAGGGACUCAUAGGAUUUUGGUCUAUGAGUAUGUCAACAAUGGAAACUUGGAGCAAUGGCUUCAUGGAGCAAUGCGUCAACAUGGAUAUCUCACUUGGGAAGCACGCAUAAAGGUUCUCCUGGGAACUGCAAAAGCUCUUGCCUAUUUGCAUGAGGCCAUUGAACCAAAAGUGGUACACCGAGACAUUAAAUCUAGCAACAUAUUGAUUGAUGAAGACUUCAAUGCCAAGGUAUCUGAUUUUGGCCUGGCCAAGCUGCUGGGUGCGGGGACAAGUCAUGUGACAACUCGUGUUAUGGGAACCUUUGGAUAUGUCGCCCCUGAAUAUGCUAAUACCGGACUUUUGAAUGAAAAGAGCGAUGUGUAUAGCUUCGGGGUUUUGCUCUUGGAAGCAAUUACUGGAAGAGACCCUGUGGACUAUGGUCGCCCUGCACAUGAGGUAAAUCUGGUCGAUUGGCUAAAAAUGAUGGUUGGAAGCAGAAGGUCUGAAGAAGUCGUAGACCCAAACAUUGAGGUGAGACCAUCAACAAGAGCCCUAAAACGAGCUCUCUUGACUGCUUUGAGGUGUGUUGAUCCAGAUUCUGAAAAAAGACCCAAGAUGGGCCAAGUUGUCCGUAUGCUCGAGUCCGAGGAAUAUCCCAUACCAAGAGAGGAUCGAAGACACCGAAGAACUGAAGCAGGCAGCAUGGACAUUGAUUCCCAGAGGGAAAAUUCAGAUACUGAUCGGAGUGAUUAUCCGGGUUCAAGAUCAGAAAGCAAAGGCUAUCAGCGGACGUAAUUAAGCCAGUGGUUGAGUUGAGAAUCUCAGAAAUAUAGAAAGUGAGGGUAAUUCUUAAUUUUUUUUUUCUACUCCCAAAUUCUUGGGUGUGUGUCUGAUCUGAUGCUAUUAGGGCAGGGGAGAGGGGGUUGAUGGGGGAGAGAGAUGAUCCUUGUAUUCCUUUUUUUGUUCUCCCUUCCUUUUUCCUUUUGUUUCUUUCUGGUAGAUGGAGAGAUAUAUUGUUUGUGUAUCAAAGUGGUGGUGU